GGCCUCCGUUGUAAACAACUCUUAUCAGGCUCUCUGGCGAGGGAGCGGGGAUCUGAAAUGCCUCGUCCUUAGCACCAAACACCGUCUUACUACCGGAGAUUAAAGUACGUUUCCUUGUGGCCUAAGCUCCUGUCAGAUCUGACCAUGUCAUGCCGAGACAUCCACGCCACCAAUGCCUUCUCCUUCAUCAUUGCCUUUGUGUCUGUGGGAGGUAUCGCUGUGGCGGCACUAAUUCCACAGUGGCGCGUGACGAGACUCAUCACCUUCAAUCGCAACGCCAAGAACGUCAGCGUGUACGAUGGGCUGUGGGCCAAAUGUGUGAAACAGGAUGGCUACUCAGGAUGUUACUUCUAUGAUUCAGAGUGGUACUCGAAAGUGGACCAGCUGGACCUGAGGCUCCUGCAGUUUUGCCUGCCUAUAGGCUUGCUGUUUGGCUCUGUAGCCCUACUGCUCUGCAUGGCCGGGAUGUGUAAGACCUGCUGCUGCUCAGACAAGCCCGAACCAGACAUCAAAUCCACCCGCUGCCUGGUCAACAGUGCAGGCUGCCACCUAGUGGCUGGGAUGUUUUUAUUACUUGGUGGUGCCAUCGCCUUGGCACCCUCGGUGUGGUUCCUGUUCCGCACAAAGGAGAUGAACAUCAGAUAUGACAACAUUUUCUCUGAUGGGUUUGCUGUCUAUGUGUCCAUUGGCUGCUCAGGAGGGCUUAUGCUCGCUGCUCUUCUGAUGUUCAUGUGGUACUGCAUGUGUAAGAAACUGCCUUCGCCUUUCUGGUUGCCCCUACCCACCAUGUCCACCUCCCUAUCCACCCAGCCCCUCACUGCCAACGGUUAUCCCCCCUCCCCGGUCUAUGGCCCCCAGCCCUUCCCUCCACAGACCUAUGCUCCUACUGUAAUUGAAGCCCAACCUUACGCACCCUCCCAAGGCUAUGCUCAGAGCAUAGUCGCCCCUGCCCCACCCCAGGUCUACAUGCCCCAGAUGUCAGUCCCAGACGGGUACGGGUCAGAGGCAGGAGGCACCCAGGUCUACAGCUACGCUCCCUCCCAGGCUUAUGCUCCUUCUCAGGGCUACGCAUCCAGCUACGCAGGUCACCGUUACUCCACCCGCUCACGCAUGUCUGCCAUAGAGAUCGACAUCCCUGUACUAACACAGGGAAAUUAAGGGAAGAGAGACUGCUGACCUUAGCAGAUUGAAGCACACCGUCCACCUACAAUACCACUGAUCUGAUUCUUCCACCAUUGAUGCAUCUAAUAAAAUGUGAUGGGAGGGGUAAUACGGGUGUUCCAUAGAGCUCCUGGAAUGAUGGGUUUAACCUAUCCAGUCGCUUCCGAUUUUAUAAAUUGUGAAACACAAGAGACUAGAGCCUGAAGAGUACCUUCAUGAAGGACGAGCCUGGGGAAAAACUGACUGACUACAUCAAGCUUUGCUGCACACAAGAGCUGCUUUGAGAAGAAAAAAAAUAAUACAUGCACGAUAUAUACAAGUGAAUAUACAGUUGGGUCCCCAGAGCUUAUUGUGAAGGAAGGUAUGACUGCAAUUUGUGUCUUGUUUUUCUGUUACAUUUUUUAAUUUUUAUAUUUUUACAAUGGACAAAUCAUGUUUAUACACUAAUGACUUGUUACUCGUGCAUGUCAAGCUGUCUUUCUGGAGGCCUUCUGCACUACUGUUCAUAACACUGAUUAUUUCUCACUGACCGAUUUUAAUCACAGAGGAAAGAACAAAAUUUUGUUUUUACUGUUACUUGCCAAGUAACUUGGAAGGAAAAACUAACUUAAUUUCUGUCUUUUUAUACUAUGUGUUGCUGAUACUGUCACGGUGCCCUAUAACGAGCAGCUGUUGUCAGUUUUGUGUUUAAUUAAUGCACUAAACGAUAGGUUAAUACUUCGCCAUCUUACAUUUGCCUACAUUUGCAGAUUUUGAACUGUAUGGCCUCUACCGUAGGUUAAAACAAUGUCCUGGUAGAUGGCGGUCUAUUCCGUUGCCUACCAACACAGGCCUCUCCGGUUUGAAUCCUCGUGUUACCCCCGGCAUGGUCGGGCAUCCCUACAGACACAAUUGGCUGUGUCUGCAGGAGGGAAGCCGGAUGUGGGUGUGUGUCCUGGUCGCUGCACUAGCGCCUCCUCUGGUCGGUCGGGACGCCUGUUCUGGGGGGAGGGGGAACUGGGGGGGAUAGCGUGACCCUCCCACGUGCUACGUCCCCCUGGUGAAACUCCUCACUGUCAGGUGAAAAGAAGCGGCUGGCGACUCCACAUGUAUCGGAGGAGGCAUGUGGUAGUCUGCGGCCCUCCCCGGAUCGGCAGAGGGGGUGGAGCAGUGACCGGGACGGCUCAGAAGAGUGGGGUAAUUGGCUGGGUACAUCUGGGGAGAAAAAGGGGGAAAUCCCCAACCCCCUCCCCCCAAAACAAUGCCAAUGUCUGCAUAUUCAUUCAUUCAGCUUCAGCCGCUUCUUGGGGUCGGGUCCCCGGAGAAGUGGCUGAAGCUGAAUGAAUGAAUGGGAAUCUGCAUGUUUGUGGGUUAAAUUAGAUUACAGUGUUUACUGUAUGUUAUACCUUGCUAUGAAAUGGAAUAUUGUCAUAACAUCAGUAGAAAUUCAGGGCUGAACUCUUCUAGCAAGCACAUUUGUUGCGUAACAUAAUUAUGACCAUUUGCGUUCCACCACGGUGCAAGAAACGGUUGGAAACCUUAACGGAGGAGUGGAGUCUGAGUCAGCGUUAGAGAACUCUUCUUUCUCUAUCAAAAUGAAACCUCGGCCAAAUUUGCUGAGAAGGCUCGGCAGUGGUGAAGCUCGUUCCUGAGCCAAAUUUAAAUCAUUCAUAAAAACAAUUGCCUUUUUUUUUUUUGUACUUUUUUGUGUAUUUUUAAGGAGUACGUUUGUGCUGUUAGUGUUUGUAAAUCAUCUCUAACAUAUCAAAAGUAAAUAUGCUGGUAAAUAUAUUAGCUUUAACGCAAUUAUCUUUGUCUACACUGGUUUUAUUGAUCUAAUACGUUAAUAAAUUUUAU